AUCAAUAACAAAUCUCAUUGGCUUUCCAUACGACUGACUGAAAGCCAUCAUCAAAUUCAGCUGAAGACUGCGAACUUCGUCUGCUGGAUUCUCAUCUGACCUUGGAUUUUCCCCUUCCGACCUAAGAAAAAACAUCUAUUCCCCAAAGGUCCCUAACCUAAAAGCAUCAACAUCAACACCAUCAAAAAAUCCAUCAAGACAAUGUCCUCCAUAAACAUAACAACCAUCCCCCGCAUCUCCCGCGAACAACUCUCCACCCUGAUAAAAGAAAAACACCCCUCCACCGCCAUCAUCGAUGUCCGAGAUUCCGAUUACAUUGGCGGUCACAUUACAGGAGGCACCAAUAUCCCUGCCAACACUCUAGACUACAAGAUUCCGGAGUUGGUGAGGACGUUGGGGGAUAAAGAGGUUGUUGUUUUUCAUUGUGCGUUGAGUCAGCAGAGGGGGCCGGGGGCUGCUUUGAGGUAUUUGAGGGAGAGGGAGAGGGUGGGUGGGAAGGGGAAGGAGGAACAGGAGAAGGAGGGGGAGGGGAAGAAGAGGGGGCAGACUGUUUAUGUGCUUGAUGGUGGGUUUGUCAAGUGGCAGGAAGUGUACGGAGAAGACAAGGAACUCACAGAAGCCUAUGAAAAGGAUAUCUGGGAGUUUGGAUACUGAUGGCCUUGGUUUGUCGAAGGAGCAAUUCUUGCCUGUCUUGACAACUCUCAAAAAGACCUGACCUAUCGACUGCAAUUAUUGCUGCAGGCCAAUAACUGUAGUUUGUGGGUUGCAUCCUCAAAUCCGACUCGAAUUGUCAUCUUUAGGCCGCACAAAUGCGGACACUAGUGCAACACAUCAAAUUGCUGUUUUGAUGGAUCAGCAUAUCCCACAGAAGAAUAUACUGACCACAAUGUAUUCUGUUUGCAAGCUGUAAAGUCUUGGCUUCGACAGAUCUCCUGACGUAUCAUUCACAUUGUUUUAUGCAACGACAGAUGCCUCGUAUUGAAUUCACCGC